AUAUUACAAUUUUUGUAAGUAAUGUGAUGAAAGGUUUGGGUUUAGAUGGGAAACAGCCUAUUUUGCCAAUUAGUAUUAACAUCAAAAUAAAAAGAUGGAUGAGUUAAAAUGUAUCGAUAAUAAAGAAAUAUUUAUUGAGGUUCUUCAUUUGGCUAUAGAUUACCUGAUUGGAAACAUUAAUAAACAACAAACUCUUCGUUCGUCACACAAAUUUGGAUUUCAAAAUGCUCAUGAUUUUCUGUUGGUGACCCAAAGGAUCUCAAAUUACUACAAGGAUUUGAGCUUAGUUAAAUUAACUUUUACCCCAUUUUCUUGCUUCACUUCUGAAAUGAGCGGACUUGUACCUAUUGUACUGGCAGCUCGUCAGUCGGAAAUAACAAAGCAUCUUCAGCAAAAUUACUCCAAAACUGAGAGUAUCAUAGAAUCUUUCGAAUGGGAUACAAGCUUUAUAUUUGGAGAUAGCAGCUUUGGUGGAAACAUUAAACAAAUAACAACCCUAAACUUGCGGUUCAGUAACUUAAAGUUUCAAAAUAGACUGGUUUUCGAAAUGAAUAAUGAAAAACUAAAUGAUAUCAUUAAUUUACUGGAAAAUGUUUUGUUGGCAAGCAAAACAGCUUAUUAAAACUGUUGGGCCCGUUUUCUUGUCGGAUUUUUAAUGCUAAAAUUUAUUUUUAUUUCAACAUGGCUAGAAAACGGCUUUAGAAAAUGAUACCAGUUUAAUAAAAAAAAGGUCGUGAAUUUUCAAAAUUA